GACGGCGGCGCGGCAGAUCGGGGCGCGCGCGCGGCGGCGGGAGCAGGUACUGUUCCUGAAAAGAAGAGGAAACAUGGCUUAUGCACUGAAUGAAGCUUAAAUUCCUGGACCAAAAACUGAGGGGUUUCUUCAUGAAGGAUGGCAACACCAUAUGUUCCUGUUCCUAUUCCUAUUGGAAGUUCAUCAUCCAGCUUUACAAACAGAAACCAAAGAAGUUCUUCUUUUGGGAGCAUCUCGACAAGUUCGAGCUCCUCAAAAGGACAGCUGGAGGACUGUACAAAUGGUAGUUUUAAAAAGAUGAGCGUGCCUGACCAGAUUGGUUCUACGUCAUCUGCAUGUAGCAGUCCACUUGUUAGGACUAAAUUUACAGGUCUGGAUCCAUCCAUAGAAUAUUGUACUCAGCCUGUGGAAGAAAUAGAGCAGAAUACGGAUUCCAGGAGCUGGGAAGAUCGACCGUCCACGCCUACUAUACUGGGCUAUGAGGUUAUGGAGGAAAGGGCAAAAUUCACUGUAUACAAAAUACUGGUAAAAAGAAGUCCAGAGGAAAAUUGGGUGGUUUUCAGACGGUACACUGACUUCUCCAGGCUUAAUGACAAGCUAAAAGAUAUGUUUCCGGGCUUUCGUUUGGCCCUUCCACCAAAGCGCUGGUUCAAGGAUAAUUAUAAUCCUGACUUCUUGGAAGAUCGACAGUUGGGGCUGCAAGCAUUUCUCCAGAACUUAGUAGCUCAUAAAGAUAUUGCUAACUGCCUUGCAGUGAGAGAAUUUCUUUGUCUGGAUGAUCCUCCGGGUCCUUUUGACAGUCUAGAAGAGAGCAGGGCUUUCUGUGAAACUCUAGAGGAAACAAAUUACCGCCUACAAAAAGAACUGCUUGAAAAACAAAGGGAAGUUGAAUCUCUGAAGAAAUUGCUGAGUGAAAAGCAACUUCAUAUAGAUGCUGUUGAAAGAAGAAUUAGGGAUUUAUCUUUAGGAAAAAUGACUCGUCAAAUGUCAGGAGAAGAAAGUGAGUGCAGUGGUGAGGUGGAGUCUUCUGCAGUAGAAGCAGACCAGGGUACCCUGGGUGAGGACAGCUGCUCAGACAAAGAGAACCAUGAGCCAUGCUGGAGUGGCUCUUUGGCUGGAAAUCCUGUCCCAGAGAUUGAGGUUGCUGAAGUAGCAUAUACUCCAGAUGAAGAAUAGAUGAGCAGCAGCUGCUGUUACAGGUUCAUGUUUGGGAUGUAUCUGUGGGUAGGAGCAUAGAGUAGCUGUGAAGAAUUUACAGCAAAAAGCAAGAAUGCACAACUGAAUGUUUACAUAAAUCCUUACAAAUUAUUAAUGUAAGAAAUAUACCCAGUGCUGCUUUGAUUUCAGUUUUUAUCUAGCCUUUCUAUAUUUAAUAUAUUGAAGUCUAAUAAGGGCUAAAAUCAGGUGAAGUUUAGAUAGUGUACAUACACAAUUUGGCUCACUUUCCUAGCGGAAUGACAAGUUCCACACUAAAUCACUGAACACAUCUAACUCCCAUGUCAUAUGUUGCCACUGUUGUGACACGUUUGAUGUGUUCAUCUGUUUGGUAUUUGUGUUUUCAUAUUCUUAUAGCUAUAAAUUAAUGCUUGUUGAAGUAAAAACAGACUCAUCUAUGUAUGAGAAUGUGUUGGUUUUAAAUUCUGAAGUUGAAGAAUGUUUCCCUGGAAAUUUUAAUGCAAUGCAGUAGGAAAACUUCCAGUACCAAGAGAGGAGUACUUAUGAAAUGGGAUUAUAGUUGGACAUUUUAAAACUGGUCAUUUUUGCUGAAGGAAUUAAUAUGAGACCCCCAAAACACUGUGUAUUUUCAUCCCAAAAUAGCAUGCUGUAAUACUUUUUGUUCAGUAAUGCUGGUUUGAAAAUCUGGGAUACCUUUGCUAUAUACCCAUGUAACAAUAAAAUCGGUAAGUUUGCCUUUUACUCAGAACACUACCUCUUACCACAUUGCUUAUGCAUUUAUGUUUGUUUAAAAAUAUUCAAGAUUAUAUGGAGGUUAUUGAAAGACUUGUAAAGAAGCCAUAUUUUUUUCCUGCACAGUUCAUAACUAGAUUGAAUCUAGUUGCAAUGUAUUUCUGUUUCAACAUAUUUUACACAUGGGGAUGUUGGUACCUAUGUUGUAUAGCCUAUUUUUCAAAAUGUAUUAAGACAGGAGAUGCACUUUAUAAUUAAGACUCCAUUGUGCCAAGUUCAGUUGGCUAAUUGGUUGAGAAAGGAGUUGCAGGGAGAGGAUUAUGUAGUGCCUUUUUGUAUUUUACUUGUUCAUUACUGCAGAAUUUUGUUACAGUGCUCUCGGUCAGUUCUGUGGAGUCUUUGAUACAGCUUGUUUCUGUUCGCUUAUUUACUGAAAGUGCCUUGUUUUAUUCUGCUUUUCCAAUAGGAAGAAUGCUGGUUUGUUUUAAUUUUUUUUCCCUAUACCACCCACAUUGUUGUUUAAUGUUGUCAAUAUGCAGUGUCUUUGUGCUGGAGUUUUCAAAGGGAGCUUUGUACUUCAGACUGUGCAUACAAUGACCUUUAUGCAGAACUGUAUCAACCUUCCUGGUGAAAUAAAACUAUGGACAAAA